UUUUUAACCUUUUUUUCUCCAAACAACAUCACCACUUUAAUUAUUGACUUUGAUUUUUUUUUUCACCUUCUCAAAGUCAUCGCAAUGUCUACCACCUCGACCUCCAGUGAGCUUCCAGCGGAAGUUAUCGCCUGUUUGAAGAACGCGAGAUAUGUGAGUUUCUUCCUCUCUCUUCAUUGUUCGCUUGCUCGUUGCAGGCCUGUCUAACUGCAUAUUUCCAAUAGCUCCAUUUGGCGACCUCCGAUGGUCUCUGGCCUCAUGUAAGCAUCAUAGCUCCUGUUUUAUGUUUAUUACCCUACAGCGGUUGAUUAUUUGCACAGGUUUCUCUCAUGAAUUACACCUACCUGCCAGCUAGCCCGUAUCCGCUUCCCGCCACUUCCAUAUCGUCAUCACCUUCAGCACCCGGACCCGUCAUUAUCAUGACCACCCAACCAUCGACCAAAAAGACUCUCAAUCUAACUUGCAACCCGCGCGUCUCUUUAUUAGUGCAUGACUGGGUGUCCCACCGUCCAUCCCUCUCAUCCGCGAACCCCUUUGCUCCUUCCGCUCCUCCUCCGCAUCAAACACAAUCUGCGUCACCACUGUCUACAUUCCUUACCAAUCUCAACUCUACGGCUUUGAGCAGUAUCUCUGCAACCCUGAACGGGUAUGCACACUUGAUCCCACAUGGCACCGAGGAUGAGGAAUAUUACAAGCGUGUGCAUUUAGAGAACAACCCCCAAAGCGAGAAUAAAUGCUAUUUGGAAGGUGAGGAGGUUAGAGUGGUGGUGGUCCGGAUUGGCUGGGCCAGAGUUGCGGAUUUCAGGGGUGGUGUGACCGAUUGGACGGCGGAAGGAGAAGAGGGUAACGAUGGUGGGAUGGGGUGGGGGCCCGGGCCAGGAAAUGGAUUGGCUAAUGGGUUGGUGAAUGGCCACUGAGGGGACGGGAUCGCGCGGGCUUGGGAUGUGGAUAAAUUCCCAAAUGGCGCUGCUGGAUGUGUGUUGGUGGGGCCCGGAUGUUUCAUGCCACUCGCCGUGCGUCUGCUUAGGGAGCUUCUCGCGGGUUCCGGAGCAACAUCUUGGCUGGCAUGCUCACUUUUCUUUUGCAAAAUGGUUGAGGUGGAGAUGUUUUAUUCGUUGUUCAUCGGUGAGGUUGAGCAGGAUUUUCGCGCGAGUGAUGGGCCAUGACCAUGUCGAUAAUUGUAAACUACUCCCUGAUGGUGCCAGCAGGUGUUUAGUAAUUUUUACGAGCCCAAAAGCUUUUGCGCAUGAAGCCAAGAUGGCCGCUGUUUUACAGAUGUAUCAUACCACCAUUCACCGGAACUUCCCGCAGGAGAAAAAAAUAAAAUAAAAUAAGGGUUCAGGAUUCGGGGCUGGCUGGGCGAACGGGGGGGGGGGGGGGAAAAAGAAAGGAAGGAAGGAAGAAAGAAAGAAGGAAGGGGGAAGGGGGAUGAAAGAAGGAAAGAGAGAUAGAUAGAGCGGAGUGAAGAAUGAAGGUUGUGAUGCGUCAUUACUUAUAUAUUAUUUAUUCGCUAUUGCGAGUUGCACUCCAACGGCUCUUACUGGACGCUCCAUAUCGAGAUGCCAAAUGUAAAAUUUUUAAUGGGAGCGGGUAGAUUGACUGCACAUAAAAGCGGACCGGUCCAGGGUUACCUUGGAAGCUUGUUUUCCCGCAUUCGUUUUUUAUCAUA